ACUCCAUGGAAAGCGGUUCGGGGAAAAUGAUAUGAGUCAGUUGUACAUUCUCUAACACGGUGAAGCUGAACUUUUCAGCAAUGUGCGGUUCAACUAUCACAAUUACGAUGUAAAUUCGUACGUGCGAUACAGUGCGGUUUUAUGCCGAAUGGGAAAAUAGGUGAAAUGUUGAUCAACAUGAAUAGUAUUGUCUUAUUUGUUUUUCUUUCUGGAUUAACUAUAUUUGACGUGCGUGCACUUAGGAACAUGCAGAUCCGAGUGCCGGAAGCUGUUAAAAGGGGAGAUUCGGUAACGUUAGUAUGCGACUACGACUUGGAAUCUGCCGCUUUGUAUACUAUCAAAUGGUAUAGGGACGACGAGGAAUUUUACAGAUUUGUGCCCAAGGAGUCACCGCCCUCGCAAGCAUUCACCGUUUCGCACGUUAACGUUGACUUGGUUAAUUCGAAUUCAACAAGAGUAACUUUGAAAAAGGUUGAAAGAGAUACCGCUGGGAAAUUUAAGUGUGAAGUUUCUGCGGACGCUCCCCUCUUUCAUACGGAUAUCAGGACAGCAGAGUUAAUAGUUGCUGAUGUACCAGAAGAUGGACCAGUUUUAAGGACAGAAGCACAAAAAGUUGCUCCAGGCGAAAAAAUAAAAGCCAAUUGCACAACCCCCGGAUCGUAUCCUACAAUGAACAUUUCUUGGUUCGCCAACAAUAUUGAGAUGCAUUCAUCCAGCGACGUCCAGAUCGACAACACAAUCAUCCACUUCGAUGCACUGCCAGGGUUAGAAACAAUUUUGUCAACGAUCUCUAUUAGAGCCACUCCGAGCCUCUUCAAGAACGGCAAACUAAAGCUGCGAUGUUUGGCAACAAUGUUUACUUUGUACACUUCAUCGAAGGAGGCUGAUAUACAGGAGGCAUCUCCACAACUUGCUCUUAUCAUGGUUCCGUCUACUUCAGCUAAUGGAAUUUCCGUUAGUCCUCAAAAGCUGUUCGUCAUUCUGCACACGUUCAUCAUCCUUCUGCUCCUUCGGCAUACACCAGGUUAGAAAAUGUUUCUAUUUCCUGAUUUGGAGCUGCGCCAGAGAUUUGUGUUUAAAACUUUUUAAUGUUCGGUAAGAGAUAUUUCGCCAAUUUUAUUUGAAAAAUCACAAUAGUGGAUUGGAUUAGUGUAACAAAAGACUAUAACGUACAAGUAUUUGUCAAAUAUUUGUGAUAAAUGUGAGAAUAUAAGUCCGAAUAUGCAAUAAAACAGAGACAUUGGACUUAAAUGUGGAUGUUACUUGGAUUGUGUGUAGUUUUGUAGCGAUUCUUAAAUUUAAAAGCAGGUCAACGAUGUCGUUGUGCCAAAUUAUAUUAUUUAUGUUUGUAAACUAGAGUUUUAUGAUGAAAAAUGUCUGUUUUUAGUUUUGCUAAUAAAUUCUAAAAGGGUCGUUUCCUAUUG